GCCUUCCCUGCCUCUCCUCAUCCUUCCCCUCCUGCCCUUGCUCGAAUCCAGGGAUGGCCUGCGCCCCUAUGGCCCCGACUGGCUCCCCUAGCUCCUGUCUCUGCUCCUUCCCCGUUACCACAUCCUUCUCUUUCCUCCUAUCCAAUCCCUCCUGUUGCCCCCCUCUCUGUCCCAGUAUCCAUUUCUCGCCCGCAUUUCUCUCUAUCCCCUUUCCCUCUGCCUCCCAUUCUCCUUCCUCCUCUGGCAGUUCAGGGCCCUCCUCUUCCUUGUAUCACCAAUCCUGGGCCUAGCCCUGCCACGCCCAUCCAACCUUCCCUCCUCUCUAGGCUCACAGUCGCUUCUCCCUCUUCCUCUCCUCCCUCCCGCCCUACUCCCCUUUCCUCUCUAUCCGCCUCCCUCCUUUCCGUCCUCCCAUCGGCUCCUCCCUUUUUGUCUCCUCCCCUCGCUCCUCUCGGGUCCCGUCUCUCUUUAGCCCCGCCCCUCCCAUCCUCCUCGCAGACGCCCCGCCCCCGCAACCACGCCUUCCGUGGCCCCGCCCCCGCGCCGCAGCGACAAGAUGGCGGCGGGCGGCAGCGGGCGCGCGUCUUGCCCGCCGGGGGUCGGGGCCGGCGCGGGCAGCCUGGGGCCCAGCGCCAACGCGGCCGCCGCCCCCAGCAACGCCGCUGCCUGCGCCCCGGCGCCUCCGCCGCCCCCGUCCCCGCCGCCUGGGCCCGGGACUGACGCGCAGGCCGUGGGCGACGAGCGCGACGACGCGGGCCCGGGCGCGCUGCUGCGCGAGCCCGUGUACAACUGGCAGGCCACCAAGCCCACGGUGCAGGAGCGCUUCGCCUUCCUCUUCAACAACGAGGUGCUGUGCGACGUGCACUUCCUGGUGGGCAAGGGGCUCAGCUCGCAGCGCGUCCCCGCGCACAGGUUUGUGCUAGCUGUGGGAAGCGCUGUCUUUGAUGCCAUGUUCAAUGGUGGGAUGGCUACCACAUCCACCGAGAUUGAGCUGCCUGACGUGGAGCCUGCUGCCUUCCUGGCGCUGCUCAAGUUCCUGUACUCAGAUGAAGUGCAGAUCGGGCCAGAGACAGUGAUGACCACACUGUACACGGCCAAGAAGUACGCAGUGCCCGCGCUCGAGGCCCACUGUGUGGAGUUCCUGAAGAAGCACCUGCGGGCUGACAACGCCUUCAUGCUGCUCACACAGGCACGGCUCUUUGAUGAGCCCCAGCUAGCCAGCCUGUGCCUGGAGAGUAUAGACAAGAACACAGCGGAUGCCAUCGCUGCCGAGGGCUUCACUGACAUUGACCUGGACACGCUGGUGGCAGUGCUGGAGCGGGAUACCCUGGGCAUUCGUGAGGUUCGGCUCUUCAAUGCAGUCGUGCGCUGGUCUGAGGCUGAAUGUCAACGGCAGCAGCUUCAGGUGACACCGGAGAACAAGAGGAAGGUGCUGGGCAAGGCCCUGAGUCUCAUACGAUUCCCCCUAAUGACCAUCGAGGAGUUUGCCGCAGGCCCGGCACAGUCCGGCAUCCUGGUGGACCGGGAGGUGGUCAGCCUCUUCCUACAUUUUACUGUCAACCCCAAGCCGCGUGUGGAGUUCAUCGACCGGCCCCGGUGCUGCCUGCGGGGCAAGGAGUGUAGCAUUAACCGGUUCCAGCAGGUGGAGAGCCGCUGGGGUUACAGCGGCACCAGUGACCGCAUCAGGUUCUCGGUCAACAAGCGCAUCUUUGUGGUGGGCUUUGGGCUCUAUGGAUCUAUUCACGGGCCUACUGACUACCAAGUAAACAUCCAGAUCAUCCACACAGACAGCAACACAGUCCUUGGCCAGAACGACACAGGUUUCAGCUGCGACGGUUCUGCCAGCACCUUCCGUGUUAUGUUCAAGGAGCCCGUGGAGGUCCUGCCCAAUGUGAACUACACCGCCUGUGCCACGCUGAAGGGCCCAGACUCUCACUAUGGCACCAAAGGUCUACGAAAGGUGACCCACGAGUCUCCCACCACGGGGGCUAAGACCUGCUUCACCUUCUGUUACGCGGCUGGGAACAACAACGGCACAUCUGUGGAGGAUGGGCAGAUCCCUGAAGUCAUCUUCUACACCUAGGACCAUCCACCCGGGUCACCCUGGCCAGCCACAGGCCUGCCUCCUCCCCACCACCUCCCACAUCAUCAUGGAAGGGGCUGUGUCCACAGUGACAAGUGUGACCGCCUGGCCCAAGGCACUGGGGAGGUGGUUAGGCCAUGGGCUGGGCCCCGUUGAGACAAUCCCUCAGUCUUGGGGGACAGAGUGGGACUAGCCUUGGAUGGACAGAGCGUGGUAGGUCGCAGUCCUUGAAGCUCAGGGCAGCAGGCCAGCUCCGAGCCCCGGUGCUGCCCUGCCCUGCUCCUCUGUUCUCUUCAACUGCACACUGCAAUGCAUACAAGCCCACACUCCGCUGGAGCCCACGCCGGGCCUCUCCUCCAGCCAGUGGUCUGGGUUCCAUGUUCCUCCUCUUCUCAGCUGCUCCCUGGGGUUCCCAGGUCCUGACCUGCGUGCACUGCUGCCCCCUGAAGCCCUGGCCUGCUGGGCAUGUACACAGAGCCGCUGGGAGCUCUGCCCCAGGGUAGGUGACAUGUGGCCAUAGUUUCUACUUCUCACAGCAGUACAAGUGCCCAGUCAGCACUACCCACCCGAGGCGGACAGACUCCUCACUGGUGUGCUCAGCAGAGCUCAGCCUUGAGCCUGCAGGCCCAUCAAGAUGCACUGGGCACCCAGCUGGCCUGACGUGGCUCCCCAGGGGUACCACAGAACACCCCUGUACAUACCACAGCCCUGGCCCUCUAGGCCACCACAUACCCCAUCCAGUGAUGUCCCAGAAGGCGCAGUCUCCAGUUUGGGGUUCCACUUCCUCAUAUUUCUGUACCAGUGACUUCCUGCCCAGAACCCAUACCCAUCCCAAAGCCAUGGGAGGUGUGCCCUCCACACUGUGUCCCCCAAAUGAUUUUUUUUUUUAAAAUAAAGGAAAACAUCUGCCUUGAAUCA